GACGUUAUCGCCGAGCUCGGGGCAAAGCGGCUGUCGUCGCUCGCGCUUUAGUCUUUGGGCUGCAGAAGGUGUUUCUGCGUGGCGUUGGAUGGUCGUGCUGGAAUGUUAGCGUAGAUCUGCCAGAAGUGGAUAAGGGGGACGCGGUGAGGGGACAUCGGUGGAGGGAGCACGAUGUAGCUGGAGUUAACGCCACGACGAACGCGUAUUUGUAAUAGGGAGAAUCCCGAGCGACUGAGUCUCCGAGCGGGGCGAUUAUGCUGCCGACGUUUCUUGCGUUUCUGCUGGAGCUACUGCUGCUAUGCGGGGCAGCCUUAUCGCAAUACUCCAGUGAUCAGUGCAGCUGGAAAGGGAGUGGACUGAUGCAUGAGACGCACAUGCGGGAUGUGGAGCAGGUCUACCUGCGCUGCUCCCAGGGGGCGCUGCAGUGGCUUUACCCCACUGGUGCCAUCAUUGUCAACCUGAGGCCCAACACUGCCUCCCCGGCAGCCCGCCGCCUCUCCGUCUGCAUCAAGCCCUCCAGGGACUCGCAGGGUGCCAACAUCUACUUGGAUCGGGCCGGCAAGCUGCGGCUGCUCCUGCGGGAACGGGACCAAGCGCUGGGACACGUGCACUGCUUUGGCAUCCAGGAGGGGGCGCUGUUCAUUGAGGCCAUACCACACCGGGACAUCAGCCGCAGGAUCACAGCCUUCCAGUAUGAGCUGGUGAAUGAAAGACUAGUGCCUGACCAGGACUCCCUAAGUACUCCCUGCCAGCCUUGCAGUGACCAGGAGCUCCUGCUGGCUGCAUGUGCCAGUGAUUUCGUGGCACGAGGCAGCAUCUUGGAUGUGGAGGAGGUGGUGGAGCAGACGUCCCUUACAGUGACUCUGAGCCGGCUGUACACACAGAAGAGCCAGGUGUUUCUGUCGGGCGGUGGACGGGCGAAGCGCUGGACAGGGCGGGUCAGGAUGCCCCCCCAGUGUGAGGUGAGGCCUGGGGAGGCCGAGUACCUCUUCACUGGGACAGUACGUUUUGGAGAGGCAUGGCUUGGCUGUGCGCCCCUCUACAAGGACUUUCUCAAGGUGUACACAGACGCUGUGGAGCAGGGCACCAACCCCUGUCACAUAGAGACGAACUGAGCCGCCUGUUCCAAGCCUUCUAACCUGCCUUAAAAGGAAAAGGGGAGGGGCUUUGCUUUUAGAGAGCAAAAUGUUCACAUGCUCUAUCCCUCACCCCCUUUUCUGAUUUAUUGAAGCAUUGAAUGAUACCAGGCAACAUACCCGGACAUCAGAGGACUGCAUGAACCUCCGUGGAGGGACAUGUGACCUCAGGUCCUGGAGUAGCAGUCAUAAAUACGUGUGAAAAUGUGAAAGGACAUUUUAUAAAUACAAGUGCUUUGUAAAAAGCUUGAUGUAUAAUUUUGAAGUUGUUUCUUAUGACAGAAAUGUAUGAUUAUAAAACUUGGUUUGUGAUGAUUUUUUAAAAAGAAGGGCAAUUUUAGCCUGUAAUUUUUCUUCAGGCUGAUAAAUUGUAAUGGGUUUUUUCCUCCGCCAGGGAAUAAAAAUCUUUUUUUUCCUGGAGCAGAA